AUGAUUUCUAGCAAUAGAGACUCUCUAUCUCGUCCGGUAAUAACUCGCAAUCAUCGCCAGCUUAAAGGCUUCACGUUUAACACAUUUCACUCCGAAAGCUUGGUAUCAUGUGGUUUGCGAUGUCAGAGAAACCCUCGAUGCCUGUCCACAAAUUUCCGAGCAGGUUCAAGUUUUUCUGCAGAAGGAAUUUGUGAGUUGAACGACGGAGAAAAAGAACUGAAUUACGAGGAGGGAACAAUUUAUACUCAGUUUUCUGACCUGAAGAACGACUGUCAGCUGACCGGCUGCUUUAAUGCAGGCUCGUGCACUUUCAAUGAUGCGUUAAAAAUGUUCAACUGCGAAACGUGCCAAGUGCCACUCGGCAUGGAAAGCGGAGUUAUUCUUGACCAGCAAAUCAGCGCCUCGUCAAGUUACGAUUAUGCAUACAGCGCGCGUAAUGGCAGGUUAAACUUCACGCCGGUCAGAGGUAGGGCUGGGGGGUGGUUAUCACAAUAUCUAGACACUGCUCAGUGGUUUCAAGUGGAUUUGCUGAAAACAACGAGGGUGACAGGCAUAGCGACUCAAGGGAGAUCUGGGUUCAACCAUUGGAUUACGAAAUACAAACUACAAUAUGGCGAUGAUGGAAAGACCUUCAGAUUUUACACAAGUUAUGGAGAGAAUUUGGACAAAGUUUUCCUGGGAAACACAGACAGGGACACAGUUGUGUAUCACGAUCUUAACCCGGUCAUUGAUGCUCGCUUCGUUCGAGUUCUUCCCAUGGAAUGGGAGCGGUACAUCUCCAUGAGAUUCGAACUCUAUGGUUGUAAAUAG